AUGAGCAAGAUAUUGAAGUUGGGCUCCGUGGCUCUAGUGUCAAGUGCAUUGGCAACUUCUUACUACUUCUAUGCGGUCGACAGAUACGGCUAUCACUACAACCACUCUAUGUGGAAAAAAGUGAGCGAUACAACCAGAGGUCUGCUGGACAGGAAACAGGAUAUCGAGCGUAGUAGCCCACCUACUUCCGAGAUGCGUGAAGUGGUCCAGAGACCUAUUUCUGAGACUUUUAAGGACCUAUGGAACGAGCAAAUUAGAGAGACUGUGAAAUGGGUUUACUCAUUUGGUAAUUGA